AAUAAAGCUGGUACAUCUCUAUGAACCGUCUUAGGACUUCUCUACGAUCAAUUCGGCUCCCAUCUAUAUUCUCAACACAGCUCUCCGCACCCUACCUGUCAACCACCAACCCAUUCGCUCUAGCCAUUCACCCAGCCUCUAUUCGACGCACUAUGGCUUCCGCAAUGGCAAAGCGCCUGGAGGGCAAGACAAUUCUUAUAACCGGCGCCUCCUCUGGUAUUGGAAAGAGCACUGCGAAGGAGUUUGCGCGCACCUCGCCGAAGAACCUGAAGCUGAUUCUAACUGCGCGCCGCAUUGACACCUUGAAGGAGGUCGCCGCGGAGAUCAGUGCGGAAGUCGGCAAUGGUGUCCAAGUGCUUCCCGUGAAGCUGGACGUCAGCAACCCGGAAGAGAUCAAGAACUUUGUUCCCUCACUGCCGGAGGAGUUCAAGGAUAUUGAUGUCCUUGUCAACAAUGCUGGUCUCGUCAAGGGCGUUGCUCAGGCUCCCAAUAUUGAGACUGAGGACAUUAAUGUGAUGUUUAACACGAAUGUCACUGGUCUGAUCCAUAUGACCCAGGCUAUUCUUCCUAUCUUCAAGAGCCGAUCUGAAGGUGGCCGUGGUGAUAUCAUCAACAUUGGCAGUAUCGCCGGUCGCGAGCCUUACCCUGGUGGUGGCAUUUACUGCGCUACCAAGGCUGCGGUGCGAUCUUUCACAGACUCUCUUCGAAGGGAGCUCAUUGCGACCAGAAUCCGUGUUAUUGAGAUCGACCCAGGUCAGGUUGAGACAGAAUUUUCUGUCGUCCGGUUCUAUGGAGAUAAGUCCAAGGCUGACGCCGUGUACAAGGGCGUCGAGCCAUUGACUGGAGAUGAUAUUGCCGAGGUUGUGGUCUUUGCCGCAGGCCGAAGAGAGAAUGUCGUAAUUGCUGACACAUUAAUCUACCCUAGCCAUCAGGCGGGUGCCGGUGCCAUGCACCGCAAGUCAUAA